GAUGAGCUAUAUACAGAACUAUGGCGUGCAUGCGCGGGUCCACUUGUUUAUGUUCCACGUGCUGGGGACAAAGUUUACUACUUUCUUCAAGGUCAUAUUGAACAGGUUGAGGCAUACAUGACCGAAGAUGGUAAAAUGGAAAUGCCCAUUUACAAAGUCCCUUCCAAGAUUCUCUGUGAAGUUGUCUAUGUUCAACUAAAGGCGGAAGCUGGUACAGAUGAGGUAUAUGCUCAAAUUACUCUGCUUCCAAAGCCAGAGCAAGAUGAGCCAAGCUUGGAAGAUGCGACUUCUCUGCCUUCACCUUCAAAGGUUAAUGUGUGUUCCUUUAGCAAGAAACUCACUCCCUCUGAUACCAGUACACAUGGUGGAUUCUCUGUUCCAAAGCGACAUGCUGAUGAGUGCCUUCCGCCCCUGGACAUGAGUAAGGAUCCCCCAGCACAGCAACUGGUUGCAAAGGAUUUGCAUGGGUAUGAAUGGCACUUUCGGCAUAUAUAUCGUGGUCAGCCAAAGCGACAUUUGCUUACCAGUGGUUGGAGUAUGUUUGUGACUUCAAAAGAGCUUGUUGCUGGAGAUGCAUGUAUCUUCCUCAGAGGAGAAAAUGGGGAACUUCGUGUCGGUGUUCGCCGCACAAUGAAACUACAGAACAAUAUGCCAACGUCAAUCAUAUCUGGCCCUAGUAUGCAACAUGGGAUACUUGCCACUGCUUCUCAUGCCAUUUCUACCGGGACGAGGUUUACUGUCUAUUACCGUCCUUGGUCAAGCCCUGCCGAAUUCAUCGUACCUUUUGAUCAUUACAUGAGGUCUGCUGAAAUCAACUAUUCUGUUGGGACAAGAUUUAGAAUGGCGAUUGAAGAUGAAGAAUGUGCAGAACAGAGAAUAUUUGGCACUAUUGUUGGCGCUGGAGAUAUUGAUCAAAAUAGGUGGCCUAAUUCUGCAUGGAGGCGUCUCAAGGUAAAAUGGGAUGUCAGAUCAGAUACAUUAACGCGCCCAGAAAGGGUUUCACCUUGGAACAUUGAGCCGAUGACAGAAUGCACUAACAGGAACCCUGCCUCUGUUCUACCCCGCAUAAAGAGGCUGCGUUCAACUGAUGCAACAUCACCUGGAUUCUCGUCCUUUGUUAGCAUUGGGGGCUUGCAAGGUCAAGAAAGCAGGAUAACAGGUGUUAAGCAAUUGGACGCACUAAAACUACCAUUAUUACCAUAUUUUGUUCCCCCACCAGAUCCACAUUGGGCCCAUAUGCAAUUAGGGCCGGAGAAUAAGCUGCAAUUUCCGAUGCAUUCUCCAUUUUAUCGAGGUCCCAGCAGUGCAGAGUCAAGUCCCGGUGGAAGCAUAGUAAGCUCGGGUAUUCCUAAUCACUGGCCCGCAAUGAUCGCACCUUAUGGAGUUCAUGACAACGCUGUAUCAAGCAAAAACUUGUCAGUUCCUGAUGUCAACUCUCUGAAUUCCGGCUCUCAGGAUUGGAGGGCUUUGGAACUCAGGGAUGAAAAUGGAACUCCACUUGCCCCACCAAAUGAUUGCAGCAGAUACAUGCUUUUUGGAGUCAAUUUAUUUAAAUGUAGUCCACCGGAGCUCCCUUCACCACAAGUUGCCAAUUCCACUGAGCUUGAAAGUCAUGGUUCUAUCCCUCCAAUAUCUCAGUCAAGUGUUUCUGAAACCAUCCAGGUUUCAGACCCAUCUAAGAGUGUAUCCGGCAACCCUUCAGAAAUGCAAUGCAAGAAUUGCCAUUCUUUCAGGAGUUGCACCAAGGUGCUCAAGUAUGGAACUGUUCUUGGAAGAUCUGUUGAUCUUACACAAUUUGACGGGUAUGAAGAACUCCUGUGUGAGCUUGACAAGAAGUUUGAUUUCAAGGGAAGUCUGAUUGACGGAAGCAGCGGGUGGCAUGUUACCUACAUGGAUUAUGAAGGGGACAUGAUGGUAGCUGGAGACUACCCAUGGCAGGAAUUUCUGUGUGCGGUACGACGAAUGUUGAUAUGCCCAAAGUAAGACAUCGAGCCGAAUGCGAGCUCACCAAAUCCAACACCUCCUUCAUAAUCAUAACAAUUGAGGUCAAUUGCGCAGAUUUGCAUAUAUCAGUGCAUUUUAUAUGAAUGCAGUUAUAUGUACCUAAAAUUGUGAUGCAUUGCCUAACUGUUGUUCUUAGAAGGCAAUCGUAUGCAAAUUUUAAUGUGUGAAAACAGUUUUUGUGUGCUUUAUAUCAUAUCA